CGAAAAUAAAACGCUGGUGUGUUUUAUUUAGAUAACUUGGUGUGUUGUUUCUCGAGGAUUUGUCUAUAAAAAGGGCACCACGGCGCACGACAAGCCUGAAGAUGAAGAUAUCGCGCAAAGUCGAUUUCAACACUACAGCACAGAUGAAGCAAUCACCCAGGCCAGCGACGGUUGAGGUUAUAGAGGAUAACGACACUCCUGUCCUGCAUAGCAAGCGAUCAGCUUCUCGGGUGACCAAAGGAGCAUCCACAACUCGGUCUCCUCCACAACCCAAGAAGAAUACUAGAAUGGCAUGGUCGCAGGGGUCUAUUUUAGGCCAAUCAAGAUGCCUUGGCCCUAUCGAAGAAAUGAUGAAGGCGCAUAGUCGCGAGCGGAAUGAGAUUCAAGGAUACCGGUAUAGGAAAAUAUUUUUCAUGGACGACACCGAAGUCCUUAACACCAAGGGCACUUAUGAUAGCCUGCAAGAUGUCCGAAUGACCGUGGUCAUGCCAAAGAAAGAUGAAGACCACUCGGAGCCGAUCAUUUAUGUCGAACAACGCAUUUACCAAGCUGGCCAGGAAAAAUUUGUUGUACAUGAGUUAAACUUUGGUGCAAGAAUCCAGGUUGAUGUCGAAUAUGUUUUCCCUGCUUGCGGCGAUGAAGAUGUCAACUUGGGAAAGCGUGACCUGAUAGUCACCGUCAAGUCUUUGGACCAAGAAUCCUUUAAUGAUUUCCUUCCUCGAGGAGCAAACCACUACGGCUACGACCGUCAGGAGACUGUUUUGAUCGACCAAUACAAACUACGAAAUGGACUGACACAUUGGCUACGUCGUGAUCAAAAGAGAGGGGAGACAAAGGUUGCUAUAACUUUCAAUAAAGAGGACCUUCAAGACCUUUUGCAUGUUAAAAGGGAAAGACAAUUGUCGAGUGGUGGGGUUGCAGACAGUGAAAAUAUCGAAUUGUUUAAACUGUCAUUCCCAGGACUUGGUGACCAAGCUGAGGAUGGAGGCGGCCACGGCGAGCUUCAUCUUCAAAUUAUCUACGGACCCUAGCAGAAAAAUUGCGUGGACGGACCGAAGAAGAACAUUUGAACAGCUUCCAAUACUGGGAUAUACAUGUAACGUACGUACAUAGGUCGACUUUAUUUGGCAUGCAAUACGAGUCAGUUUUCUCUUGUUCAUUAGAACCAAAAAUAAAGAGAUGGUAAAUUCCAGUAGGCGUCAUAGUGACUUGAAGUGGUAAGUUUCGUUUAUGAAUUGUAUGAUUGCAAUUUCGGCGUUGAAUGUUCAUGAGCCAGGGAGCAGUGUUGAUAAGGAGUGCGGACACAGUAUAUAUGGUCACGUGAUCUGAACGGCCAAAGUUUUCUCCUAGAUUUUCCGAGGCCGUUGUUGCCCUUCG